AUGGCGCUCAUGAAGAAGAUUGCAACGUGUUUUGGAGGUGCAACUGGCGACAACGACGAAUUAGGAGGCCAAGGCAACGAGGAAUGCAUGCGGAAGAAGUAUGAACUUGAGCUAAAAAGACGGCGACAAGAGGCAGAACUCGAUAGACGUGAGAGAGAGCUAUUAAGAAGCGAGCUCGAGUUUACCCAGCGUGAAAAUGAGUUUCUACGCGGAAGCGGACGGCGAAAUUCUGAGCAUGACUCAAUGCGACGGCAGCAAGAUGACACCAGGUUUGACAGACAACGUACUAUAACACCUUCGCAAAACACCAUAUCGAGAAUGAGCAUUAAAGCAUUGGCGGAUCUAAUAGGCGUAUUCGACGGGACACCAGAUAUGUUGAGCGUGUGGAAGAGGCAACUGAUUUUCAUAAAAACGGCACAUGAUCUCAGCGAUGAUGAAGCAAAAAUACUAAUCGGCAUGAAGUUAAAGAAGAGUGCAUUCGAGUGGUUGCACUCGAGAGCGGAGCAUUUGGAAAUGACAUUCGAUUCAUUGGUUACUGAGAUUGAGCGUAUGUACAAGCCCCAAAGUAGCGUAAUAGAGCAGCGGAAGAAAUUUGAAGGUAGGCUGUGGAGAAAGGGUGAGUCAUUCAGAGAUUAUGCGCAUAAUAAAAUUGUCAUUGGUAAUCGCAUACCUAUUCCAAGUAAAGAUUUGUUAGAAUAUUUAAUUGAGGGCAUACCAGACCGCGUCCUGUGCAAUCAGGCAAGAAUGCAGCAAUUCUCUUCCACUGAGUCACUCAUAGAAGCAUUCGAUAGGAUCAAGCUAGGAGAAUCAUUGAUAUCGACAGAGGUCAGGUCGAUAAAUUCAGUACGCGGUGGUAAAAGUUCGGCAGCGGCGAAAGGUAAACACGAAGACAGCAAAGGGGGUCCAAAAAGAGUUUGUUACAAUUGUGGUCACCCGGAUCAUAUUAGCGCUAAUUGUCCAGUCAAGACGCAGGGACCGAAAUGCUUUGGCUGCAAUGAGUAUGGUCACAUUGCAUCCAAAUGUCCACGGAAGCUAGAAGUUCCAAAGCAGUCAAAUAUUGUGACGUGCACAGCACGGAAGCAGUAUACCAAAAACGUGGCAAAUGGCGAACGUGUCAUCGAUGCCUUAAUUGAUACUGUUAGCGACUUAACUUUCAUGUGCUACGAUGAGUACCUAAAGCUCGGGUCUCCUACAUUACGGCGAUGCAAGCUACGCUUCGCUGGGUUAGGCUCAUACUCACAUACUGCAAUUGGGGAGUUUGAUACUAAAAUACAAAUAGAUGGGCGUCUGUUUCCAAUACGAAUUUGCGUUAUUUCCGAUAGCUUGUCAAGCCAUUGCCUUCUUAUUGGAACAGAUUUUCUGGAGAAAAGGAACUUUCAUGCGAAGAAAGGGCUCAUUUGCAUUGAUGCAGACGAAGAUGACGAGGUAGCUGAGAUUAUGCAAAUCAAUUUAUGCGAAGAGGAUAGUAAAGAAGAGGUGAGAUUGUCUCACAUCGAGAACGACGACAUGAAGGCGGAGGUUCGAAAGCUAGUUACCGAGUAUCAGCCUAGAAAGACGAUCGAAACGACGGUUAGCAUGAGGCUUGUGCUCAAGGACAAUGAGCCCGUGUAUCAAAAGGCGAGGCGACUGUCGCCUAUUGAAAGAGAUAUAGUCAACAAGCAGGUUGCGGAGUGGGAGAGCCAGGGAAUAGUUAGACCAUCUUCAUCCGACUACGCCAGUCCCGUGGUACUUACCAAAAAGAAGAAUGGUUCACAUCGGCUUUGGGUCGAUUACAGGCUUUUAAACAGAAAAAUCGUUAGGGAUCGAUUCCCGCUGCCCUUGAUCGAAGAUCAGCUAGAUCGACUCCAGGGCACAAAGAUGUUCAGUACCUUGGACCUGAGGAAUGUGUUCUUCCAUGUAAGGGUCGAAGACGCUAUCGUAAAAUACACCUCCUUCGUUGUGCCAGAUGGGCAGUUUGAGUUUUUGCGCGUGCCGUUUGGACUCUGCAACUCCCCACCGGUGUUCCAGAGGUAUAUAAACGCUGUUUUUCGUGACGCCAUCCGUGAGGGAAUCGUGCUGACAUACAUGGAUGACCUAAUAGUCAUCUAUGCAGACUACGUCGACGGUUUAGAGCGGCUGAAACGAGUGUUAGGCAUUGCAUCGAAAGCAGGACUCGAUAUCAAUCUGGAGAAAUGCCAGUUUCUUACAAGACGCGUCGAGUUUUUGGGCCACAUCAUUGAAGAUGGAAUGGUGAAGCCGUCUGAGACGAAGAUCGAAGCCGUAAAGCAUUUUCCUAAGCCAACAACUGUUCGACAAGUACAAGCCUUCCUAGGCUUAACAGGCUACUUUAGAAAGUUUAUCCCAGACUAUUCACGAAUAGCGCGUCCCCUAUCCAAUCUGUUGAGAACAAUUGUUACUUUUAAAUUCGAUGAUGCUGGGGUGCAUACUAUGGAUGAACUGAAGACGUACUUGACCAGCCGACCAGUGCUAAGCCUAUAUAGAACAGGAGCUAGGACUGAACUUCACACGGACGCCUCUAAAGACGGGUAUUGA